UGGUGAUCUCAAAUCGAGAAUAAAUAUUCAAAAUUAAAUAAAUAAAGUAAACGAAGAUGAAAUAAAAGAAAAUGUUGAUGAAAUUGCUAAUAAUAUAAUAGAAAUAGUCAAACAAUGAUAAACAUACUCACUUACAUUGGAAUGAGCCUACAGUCUGAAGUAUGCCUGUGGACAGUUCUUGGCAUUUUGCGGACAAUUUUCGACGCAACGCUGUUCAAAGUGAACGCUAAUCUUAAACAGGUAUGGAACAUGAAAAUGCCAGAAGAGCUAUCAUUGCACGUGCAACGCGUUCUAAGGACGACAAUAUGUGGUGUGAUGCUUGUGCAGUGUUUCACGGUAUAUGUCUAUCUGGCCUCGUAUAUUGUCCUCCUAUAUCCAGUAUUUUUGGAGGAACGCCCAACUCUGGUGCUGCCUUGGCUUCUGCUUGCAGCAAUAAGAAAUUUUCUUUGCGAACUGACAAGCUUGGCUUUAGGCCUUGGAACAUGCGUUCUUCUGGGACCAGCGAGACCUCCUUGCAUAAAAUUUCUAAUUGGCAAACUCAUCUCUAUUAUGCCAGCGUUUUAUAUGUGGAUGCUUAUAUUUAGUUACUAUCAUUAUUUAAAAAUGACAUCGGCGUUUAAAACAUUUCCUGCAGUAUCGCCCACAAAAGAUUACGACUAUGGAUUAGAACUGGCUGUGCGUAGACGUCGAACUAAAUCAUUACAAGGUGAAGAUCAAUUGCGAAAAAAACUUAUUGCCAGCUUCUAUGGAGAACGAGCCCCAUCGAUUGACAGAGUAUUAACCCAAUCAAUAGUAAAACUAAGUGAAACAUUUCAAAACUCAUCAAGCAAUGAAGACAUUGAAUCUGUUGGUAUAGAUAGGCCAUGUCCCUUGUCCGUUAUUUCUAACAGAACAAUAUCUGAUAUAGGCACAUACGAGGACUGGUUUGGCAGUGAAGUAGUUGUACCACGUGAUACUGACCGCAUUCUAGAACAAUUUGUAUUAAUGUUACUACGUAUAGGUGUUUUUAAGAAAAAAGAUAAUGUUGAUCCUGUUAAGCUUUUUUCAAAUUCUCAAGCAUUCUUGCCACAGCGUAUUGAGUGCCCCGCAAUUUCCACUGAAGAUUCAGAUACUCCGCCUCUUGUGGGAAGUAACAAAGGCAAAGUCGCAUCUUAUCUACGAGACUAUCCGCAAAUAUUUAUGAAAAAGCCCUCAGAUUUAUUUGGGUCAUUAAAUUCACCUGAAAGUAGACCUCAAAAUAAUACCGCUCAAAAUGAUAAUAUUAAUAGCCAGAGUUCACAAUGUGUCGAAUCAACUAAAGAAAAUUCAUUGGAUACUGUUAGCUUUAAUCAAGAAAACAAGGAAACAAUUCCAAAAAAUAAUAGUAAAACUCUUAUACAUUCACAUGACGAAAUUUUAGAAUAUUUUGAUAAGGAUGAGAAACACAUAGAAAAUAUAGAUAAUCUCGAACCGGAAACUACUAAAAUAAAAAUAGAGUCAACAGAGAGUUUUGAAAGUGUGAUUAAUAGAAUGAAGGUUCGAAUAGCUCUCAAUGAAGUAUCUGAUGAUGAAAUUAUCGGAAUGAAUUCUUCAACUGACAUUGGUAACAAUAAUCGUGUUAAAAGUGACAGUUAUGAUAAAUCUUCUAUAAAGCCGAAAACACGGAAGAACGAAGAUUCUGACGCUAAGUAA